ACAACCAUACAUUAAUGUUUCAUAUGAUGUUCUCUCAUGAAUAAGACGGUUGACUCUUACAGAUGGCGGUGAACUGCACGAACAUGAAUGUUAAAAAAAGACCUUUCUUAUCUUAUCUUCUCCUUAUUUGUUGCUUAUCUUAACGGUAAGUGAAACUGCAUUUGGAUGAACUCAAAAGUUGUGGCAUAAGAUGAGCCAAAUGUUGUUGAACUCCUUGUACAAAUUUUUGUAUAUAAGUUGGAAGAUCAAUGAAAAGAAGCAAGGAAUUCUCUUUUCCUCCCAUUUUAUCGGCUCUAUUUCCCCUCUCGCUCUCUUUGCCCAAAUUGUUUCUUUCUCUUCUCGAUCUGGUUCAGUGCACGUCCAGUCUCUUUCACAAGUCUUCUUCACAUGGUAUCAGAGCAUGGAGAGAAGAAAUUUGGCUGCUCCUGAAGUCUGAAGGUGUCAUCUACCACCUUGACUGCCUGGUCAUCAACACCUUCAUCUUCAUCGGCACCCUCUGCAGAUGGGUUCGCUCCAAUAUCUACAUCAACUGUUUUUUCAACCUCCCACAGAAUCCCGUUCUGGACCUCAGUGUAUGGGAAUGAAUCAGAGAGGAGCUCGCCCCCGGUGAGCAAAUCCUGGUAGACCAACAUCGUUGCAGACAGCGACACCCUAGUGAUCCGCCAAAAUCGUAUCGAGAAGAAUGUUUUCCUGCCCAAUCUCGCCUAAACUGAGAUGACUUCGCAUCCAAGAGAAUGUGAAAAUCAGAGCUCGUUCAUCUGCUAUACUUCCUUCUCCUUCUGAAAAUCAGCGUCUGAUGGAGCCGUUUGGGUUUACUCUCCUUCUCCACCGCCUCAAUUGCGUUCUUUUGCACGAGAAACCUGUAGAGCUUGACGAGGAGCGUCAGCAUCAUCAACGUCAACAGAAAGAUUUGGUUUCUUCUCUGAUUUUAGACAGAGUUUUUCCAGCGAAGGAAAGAGGGAGGAAAUAGAAUUUGGGGCUAUCGGACUGUAAUUUUUUGAGGGGCGCUUUGAACUCUUUUUCUGAUUGCUAUAAGGUGAGAAUGAUGGUGAUAUUCUGACAUCACUGUUUUUUUUCUGCCCCUUGAACAUGAGCAUCGAAGCGUCCUGGUAGAAAUUCGCGAGGCCUGCUCUGUUCGCACGCCUUCGCCACCGAGUCAAGAUUCAUCGAUGAAGAUCUUUCAUCCAUUCCCCUCUAGGUCCUGCAACUAUGACUUCUCUAUUUUCUAAGGAAGGAGGAAGACGUCUACUGCUAAUCGAGGGACAUCCCCAGCAGAGAGUAUCAAGAGCUAAGGCCAGGCGUAAAGCCUGCUACAGUUACUGAAAUCCGUGUUCAGACGAGAAGAAGCCGCUGCAUCAAGGACGCCUCUGUAGCCUCUGUCGCUUCAUCGGAAACUAGCAGUCGCCGGAUCUUCUAAAUUUCUGUCGUUUUUCCUGUGGCAAUUCUCUUCUCCUGCCACUACUCUGUUUUUUUUCAGUCAUUAAGGAGCAGUCAUGGCGUCGACAGCAAAGGAUAUUGGCAGGCCGGAAGAUACUAAUGGCUAUGAAAGUUCUCAGGUGAUAUCUCCUAACUUUCGCCCAUCACUUGUUGCAGCUACCAUUCAUAAUCAAAGGCUGGUGGACCCCAUGCGAGCGAUGGUACUAGUUUCUUUGAUAGAAACGGUCAAUCUUUCAAGGAAGUUGUACCCUCAUUCACUAUGGAUGAGUAUCAUAAACUCUUAUCACUUGUUAGAACUCCCUCUGCCUUUAUCAAUUUCGCAGGAUCUAGCGUCGAGGACGACGCUUGGUCAGGAGAAAGAAAAAGAAGACAUAUAUGAACUCGAUCCAGUGACUUCAUCCACAAGCUGCUUUACUGUGUUAUAUUCCCAAAAUCUCUAGCACAGGCGGUUCAGUCAUCUUUCUCUUUCUGGUCUUAAACUUGUUGAUUCUUAUGUAGGUUUGAAUUGCGAUUUGAAUAAGGAAAUUUGUUGUGAUGCUUGUCAUCGCGUAAAGCAAACUCGUUUGAAGUUUGAUUUAAGUAGUAUUGAAACAUCAAAGCUUUUUGAAUUAAUACACUAUGAUAUUUGGGGGCCGUAUACUCAGUCCACCCUUACUGGAGCACAUUAUUUUUUAAGUAUAGUUGAUGACUAUACAAGAUCUACAUGUGUUUUUCUAAUGAGACAUAAACAUGAAACAUUUCAUCUCAUGAAAAUUUUUUUUGCCAUGAUUAAAAAUCAGUUUGGAGUCUGUAUUAAUAAUGUGCGCUUAGAUAAUGGGUCUGAAUUUUUUUCAUAUGAGAUAAAAUCUUUUUUUCAAAUGCAAGACACUUUACAACACAAUUGUGUCGCUACUCUACAACAGAAUGGAGUAGUAGAGCGAAAACAUCGACAUCUUUUAGAAAUUGCUAGAGCUUUGCGUUUUGAUGCAAAUUUACCAAAACGUUUUUGGGGAAAGUGUGUUUUGACAGCAACUUACUUAAUCAAUCGCAUCCCAACUCCAGUUUUGAAAGGAAAGUUACCAUUUGAAAAAUUGUUUAACAAAAGACCAAACUUCAAGCAUUUGCGUAUUUUUGGAUCACUUUGUUA